AUGGCUCCCUCGCCGCUCGCGUGGCUGCUGUGCCUGGCCGCGUUCUGCCAUCUAUGCACCCUGCUGGAGGGUCAACACCUCGGCGUGACGAAAUGCAACAUCACCUGCCACAAGAUGACCUCUCAAAUCCCAGUGACUUUGCUCAUCCACUAUCGGCCGAACCAGGAAUCAUGCGGCAGGCGCGCAAUUGUCUUGGAGACAAGACAGCACAGACACUUCUGUGCUGACCCAAACGAGAAAUGGGUCCAAGACGCCAUGAAGUAUCUGGACCGCCAGGCCGCUGCCCCGGCUCAGAACGGUGGCAAGUUUGAGAAGUUAGUCAAUGUGACAUCUGGGAUCACCGUGGCCACCAAGGGACUGUCACCAUCUGUACUGACAGAGCCUGAAACCACAGUGACUUUGGAGCUGACUACUAUUUCCCAGGAGUCCCAGAGGCCUAUGGGAACUUCCCAGGAGCCAGCAGCCCCAGUAACUGGGUCAUCUCCCUCCACUUCCGAGGCUCAGGAUACAGAGCUUGCUGCUAGGCCUCAAGCCACUGAGAUUUUUGAGAAGGCUGUCAUCUCGACCACCAUCUGGCAGAGUUCUGCUGCCUACCAAUCUAAAUCUAGGCUCCAACCUGAGGAAAAGGCUACUGAGUCCCCAUCCACUUCAGCCCCAUCUACCCAGGCACCCACAACUUCACAUUCAACCCCAGGGAAUGCUGGGUCUAAAGGUCAGACCCCCAGUCUAGAGAUGUCUCUAGGGUCUGAGGAGACAAAUCAAGCUCAUACUGAUAAUUUCCAGAACAGGGAGCCUGGCAACACAGUCCAUCCCUCAGUGGCCCCCAUUUCCUCUGAAGGGACCCCCAGCCCGGACCUGGUGGCUUCAGGCAGUUGGCCUCCCAAGGCAGAGGAGCCUAUCCAUGCUACUGCAGAUCCCCAGAAGCUGAGUGUAUUUAUCACUCCUGUCCCUGACUCCCAGGCAGCCACCCGGAGGCAGGCAGUGGGGCUGCUGGCCUUCCUGGGCCUACUCUUCUGCCUGGGGGUGGCCAUGUUUGCCUACCAGAGCCUCCAGGGCUGUCCCCGCAAAAUGGCAGGGGAGAUGGUAGAAGGCCUCCGCUAUGUCCCCCGCAGCUGUGGCAGUAACUCAUAUGUCCUGGUGCCAGUGUGA